GUUAAAAUAAGAGUCAAGCAGCAUGAGAUCUCGACAAUUAUGGAAUCUGAAAAUAUUCAUGCCUAUUCUCGUCGCAUUUUGUCUGAUUGCACAUUUUGUCUGGUACGAGAUGCACCGAGUGGAACUUCACAUUCCCAUGCAUUCUAAACAAAUUGUUGACAUCGAAAAGACCACAAUAGAUGCAAGGCCGGUCCAAAAAUCUGCGGGAGGUGUCGAUCAUGAGAUAAGGUUUGCCGAGAGACGGAAGCGGCUGCAGCUAGGAUGUGACAAGCACCGCAACCAGGCGUCCUUUGGUGGCGUGCAACAGAUGCUCAAUAGUCGUCUACUUUGGCUCAACCGGGAAAAUAUCAUAGUGUGCAUGACACCUAAGGUUGGCUCGACCUCGUGGUGCAAUUAUCUACUGGGUCAUUACCAUAACGGUUCGUCAACUUGGGAAGGCAUCGGUUCUCCUCAAGCCGUUGCACGUCGUCUGUUGGCUCCUCAGCCUGGCCUUACAGGGGAAGAAAAGUUGCAACAACUCACCAGCUUCACAAAGAUUCUUACUGUUCGUCACCCUUUUGGGAGGCUGGUGUCUGCCUACCGCAAUAAAGCGGAGCCUUGCAUCAACAGAACGGGUUGCUAUGCAAGAAGAAACAAUCUUCCAUUGCCGUCAAAGCCGCUUUUCAAGGAUUUUGCGGAGUACCUGAUAGAUACAGUAAAAGUCCCUGUUCUGGCUGACGCUGCCGCGUACAAGUCGUUCGACAUUCACUUGAGUCCGUUUUUUCUCAACUGUGAAGUGUGUGACCUAAACUACGAAUAUAUCGUCAAAAUGGAAACCUGGGACGACGAUCUCAGUUACCUGCUGCCAAAAUACCAUAUCAAAUAUGUGGACAAGGCCUAUGGCGCUAUUUUGAACUCGAGUGAUGUAUCCUUUCAAUACUUCAAGACGCUGCCGGAGUCGCUCGUCCUGAAGCUGUACGAGAUCUACAAGAUUGACUUCGAAUUGUUCGGCUAUUCCCUGGAUGGAUAUUUGAAAUAAUAUGCAUUUAAUAAUAUUUGCAGCAAAAAGCAUUUGAUACCAUUUGGAAUAAUAUUCAUUUGAUAAUAUUCGUAAAAAUUAUGUUUCCGAUAAAAUGUUGAUUUGCGUGUUGCGAACCAAUCAUUAUGUGGUAGCUGCAUGAUAUUUAAAUAGAAAAGAAGGCAUUUGCCAAGCAACUGGCCAAUGAGUUACUAACGACAACAUGAUAGUGAUGACUCCAUAUAUAGACAGUAUGUUAGCGAUGACAUCAAGUAUAUACAACAUUAUUGUAAAAAGCAUUUUUAACAUAAAGAAUGAUAUCAUACUGAUCAAGGGUGUUGACGCUGUUUUUCAUAAUUUAGUAAGGAUUCAAUUAAGAAAUUCCGUGACUAAGGGCAACCUGUGUUCGGUCAGUUGCAUACGGUUACGGGCCGGUCGAAGAGUUACGAUGAUAGAGAGAGGUAGGAUUAUAUGAAUGAUAAUUUUUACUUAUCACGGCAUUAACAUUUGAUAGAUAAUUGCACCAGACUGCAGAGAGAUGUUCCAUAUAAAUGGACUUUCAGGUGAGCGUGACAUCAUAAGUUUGAAAGCUAAUCUGAUUAUGUAAACCUACUUAGUUCUAUUUAAUGUGAGUUGACAAGUAAGCAAACUCCUAAUUCCAAGUGAGUCCAAUAGACAUACAAAAGAAUAGUCCAAUAUAAGUUAAUAACAUCAUUAAAUAUCUGCAGAACUAUACAUGAAUUUCGUGAAAUUUCUAACUCACUCUAGCCCGAAGUUAAGACGGAGAAAUCAUAAUUGAUUUUCAAUAUAAUUUCCACUUUUCCCAUCGUAAAGUAUUAGAUUAUUCUCCUCUCUGCAUAUUCGCCAAGAGAAGAUGUUCGCCGCACGGUUUAAUCGCGUCAGGUAAAAAG